GUUUUCCAUAUUUCCACUUCUUGCCCUUUGUUAGGCAUCGCAAUCUCGUCUCCCCUUCACUGGUGACGGCAGUAGCUUCAUCACGAUGUCCAGGCAUCAGGACCUGAGUGGGUCUCGGCUCCGGAGAUGGACGAGUCCAACGGCGUGGUGGCGAUACCUCGAGAUGGACACCGAGUCCUUGCUCAUGAUGAUGAAGGGAUCACUCGCCCCUACGAUUGUCAUUGCGAUUUCUCAGAGCCACGCUAUCUCUGAUGUCACCACGACUACCGGUUACUUGGCUGCUCUAAUUGCCGUCUCUGCACAAUGCCUUCAACCACGCGCCAAAUUCAUCAAAGUCAUGUUCUUUUGCCUGCUCUCCUUGUGCGUCACGGCAUCGAUUACCUGUUUGGCCAUUUAUUCAGCCGUCAAGGCGCGCCAUCCUAGCAACAAUGCAACCCCCGAUCAAUAUGACAGCAGCGCAUCGGCCGUGGCUGCAAUCUGGCUAUUUGUAAUGAUCUGGGUCGGCAAUGCCCUGCGAGCCUGGCGUAUGGCCGAGCUCCAGGAUCCAAUAGUCACAUCAUCUAUCUUUGCGUUGGUGGCCCUUACCCGGGCUGGCAACUGGACCACUGUUGACGAGGGUCUCGAUUUCGUCGUCCGUCUUAUCAAGACGUUCCUCAUCGGAUUUGCAAUUCCCACUGGAGUCUCACUAUUGAUUCUUCCCAGGACGUGCCGCCAGGGCGUCUGCAAAGACAUCCGCAAUUUCGUCCACGAGACAAAUGCGGUUCUCCAUGCACUAACCGAGUUCGUUAACACGGCAUCAAGAACAAGUUUCCUUACUCGUCAAAAAACUCACAUAGUCUCGGAAGAUGAUGUGUCGUCACAGGAUGACAACGAGUUGCCGUCGGAGGUCAGAUUUGCCAAAGCCCGAAGUCGCUUGACCAAAGCUUCAGAUACUCUAAACACGCUUGAUGCAAAGAUCCAAGCCGGCUUGAAGUACUCCAGGAACGAGGUGGCUUGGGGCAAGCUUUCCGCUGCUGACUUGGAUGAGAUUUCGAUGCUUCUGAGAGGCGUCUUGCUCCCUUUGUCUGGCAUGUCCCUUCUUCCGGAUAUAGUCAACAGUUUUACAGAAGCAGAGCCACGGGUACAUCCAACAGACGACGGGCUAACCAUUGAGGGCCAAGGGCCCAUUGAUCAUGGCAUCAUUGACGCCUUGUCGGAAUGCCUCGGGGACACACAAACCCUGGUCAGCACCGGUCUACAAUAUUUCUUGCUCCAAUUGGAGCUUGCGGGGACUGGAACCAAGAAACCAUCCGACUCUGAAGCCUGCACCGAGGAAUCGAUGCCGAGGGAGCUAGAUCCGUCAUCUUCAGAUUUUGUCAGUGCAUUUGGACUUAAGAUCCACGAAAUGUCCGUGGCAAAGCAAAAUCUUCGCGCCGAUAAAUUCCUUGUUCAGACGUCUACUCCUCCUUCUCAACAUGCAAGCGAUGACGGCACGUCAGAAACCACCCAGCGCAUUGACAGGGACAUGAUCAUUCAGCAAGAUUUCCUGCUGGUGCUGUACUUGUUCAGCCUGCAGACUAUGGUUCUCGAUGCAACCCUCAACCUCAUUCGAUUUGCCAAGAGAAAGACGGACGACAAUACAAUGAAGCAAUCGCGUCUCAUCAUCCCUGCAGGCCUCCAUCCCAAGCGGUCUCAUAUUGCGUCUUCAACUACAAAAGAAGCUCCGGCACAGCCCAACGAACGACGAGACACAGCGAGGGAAGUCCAAGGACUUGAAGUCGUCGACUUGGUGCAUUUGAAACCAGCCAACUUUCUGGAGCGAGGCAGCGACUGGUUUCGCUCCGUUUCGCACCUCAUCGGCUCAGAUCUUAGUAUGUUUGGCCUCCGAGUCGCUGCCGCAUCGCUCAGUAUUGGCAUUGUGGCAUUUCUGCGCCAAUCACACGACUUUUUCAUCCAUCAACGAGGUGUCUGGGCCAUGAUUGUCGUUGUCAUCGGCAUGAGUCCUACCAGUGGCCAGUCAUUCUUUGGAUUUUUCGCUCGCAUCUUGGCCACGGCUGCGUCUGUCGCCUUGAGUCUUGCCGCAUGGUAUAUCGUUGUCGGUAAGACUGCUGGUGUCAUAAUCUUUCUUUACCUGGCCAAUGUCAUAGAAUUUUACACCUACGUGAAGAAACCUCACCUGUUUGGCCCUUCUAUUAUUGCCAUUGUCACACUAAACAUCAUCAUCGCGUAUGAACUUCAGGUCAAAGCAAUCGGCUCCGAUGUCGCCGAGUCAAACGGACAGCCAUAUUACCCGAUUUACCUCUUUGGCCCCUACAAACUAGCAGCCGUCGCAGUGGGAUGUGCCGUUUCUUUCUUCUGGACCAUAUUUCCAUAUCCCAUUACGGCAAAGUCCAAUGUACCGCGUCUUGCUGGCGGGAGUCUCUUUAAUCUUGCUAGAUUUUACAGUGCCAUGCAUACCGCGGUAGAUCGAUGGAUUCACCAAGAUCAAGAUCAACAAGGCCCGCGGGUCCUGGGCCAGGAAGAUGACCGCUUGCAUGGCGUGCUUCGGGACUUGUACAAGCAGGAGCUUUUGGCGUUGAAUGGACUGCGCAUGCAUAACCAUUUCGCAACAUACGAGCCGCCCAUCGGAGGCAAGUUCCCAAGCGCGAUCUACGCGAAAUUGACGGCGGGCAUGCAACGCAUCUUGACCAUCAUGUCGCUGAUGGCGCAUAUUGCCCAAACCAUGCCAGCACCAUCUUUUCAACAAUUGGAAGAUGCUACGGAGCCCUCAGAUUUGCCAUCGAGUCAAUUAGCAGUGGCUUGGGCUUCAACUGGCUUCCAGUUCCAAUCCACGACGUCGUUGUUCUGCCACCUCGCCUCAUCUCUCACACACGCCAAGCCGUUGCCGCCCUUUCUGACCGCGUCAGAAUCAUUUCCGCUAGUGAGGCAUCUCCACAAGAUCAAUUCCGAAAUGCUUCAGACGCAAAACUCCUACCAGCCGGCGUAUACUGCGCUGAUAUCCCUUGAGCUUCUACGGACGGCAUUGAGCCUCGAGCUACAAAAGCAAUUAGAUGAGAUUCGAGUUUUAGUUGGGGAAAUUAUGUUCCAUGUUUAAGACUUAGAGAAAAGAUUGUUGCUCAGAGAUGGUGCACCAUCCGAGACAAGGCAGAUUAAAAGAUAGCACAGCCGACCCCACCAAAUGAUUUGCCAAGGAAUAUUCCCAUUUCGUGGCUGCAAGGAGCUCCAAUAAUACAACGCCACCUUGUUCGCUAACAACCAACAGAUU